UCCGUGUGUUAACAACUUCGAGUGGUACAUACAUCUAAAUAGUAUUCCCGAGCAAUUCAACGCUUAUUGCAAAAACUGACUGUCGUCUCUGGAGCACUAUUGUAUUGUUAUAUUUCGGAAGAAUCCAGCAGCAAGAGUAGUAGCAGCUCCUAGCGAAGAUGAGUCGACUCUUCAGUACUAGUUCGGUUCUCGGCGCGGGUGGAAGCAAAAUGGCUGGCAACUUCCGGAAGGUUACGCACUGCAUCUUCGACAUGGAUGGGCUGCUGCUUGAUACAGAGAAAAUCUACGAGAACAUUUUACGGGAUCUGAUCAAAUCGUACAACUCGACCUACCCGUGGGCCACCCGCAUGAAGGUCAUGGGUACGACCGAGCAGAGAACCGUAUCGAUCAUAGUCAAUGACCUGAAGCUGUCCUGUACAGUGGAUGAGUUCUUGAAAAAGUUCCGUGAGAAACAGUUAGUGGAUCUCGCCGGCGCUCCUCUUAUGAGAGGUGCCGAACGUCUGAUCAAACACCUGAAACAGAACAACAUUCCCAUCGCAGUGGCCACCAGUUCCGGAGCGGAUUCCGUUGAGGUGAAAACCGAAAAGCACCAAGAAGUAUUCGAUCUCUUCCACCACAAAGUGAUGGGCUCGUCAGAUGCAGAGGUGAAAGAGGGAAAACCGGCACCGGAUAUAUUCUUGGUGGCCGCAUCGCGCUUCCCCGAUAAUCCGAAACCGGAACAGUGCCUUGUGUUUGAGGAUGCCCCGAACGGUGUGACGGCGGGAGUGUCCGCUGGAAUGCAGGUCGUCAUGGUCCCGGAUCCACACAUAGAGGAAGAACAACGGAAGCACGCCACCGUUGUGUUGAAUUCGCUGGAGGAGUUUAAACCGGAGCUCUUUGGACUGCCCGCCUUCGAAUAGGAAGGAUCCUUUAGGUUAGCUGAUUUAGGAAGUAGACAAAAGCGGUCACGUUGCUAGUGUAUAACGCUACAGCGGUGAAUUUUAACGCAGAUGAUCUGUCGCUAUUUUUUCACAAAAAAAAAGAAGAAAUAUUUGCAGAAGAUGCAGGUGAUAUAUUUUGAUCCUAUCAAGGAA